AUAAAAUUUCAAAUAGAAUUAUCUCAUUCUCUCUCAAAUUAAUUCCUCCAUCAUUUUUUUUUUCUUUUUAUUUGUUCAAUAAUCAAUAUUAAAGACUUCCCAACCAGAUCGCAUCAUCAAGUCUGUAGAUAACAUAAUUAAAUUAUUUUAAUUUCCGAAAAGUCAGAUUCCCAUUUGGUUUGGCUUCCUCCCACUCGGCGAUUCCAUUUAUUUCUACAAUUAAUCAUUAAUUUAAUAAAAUCUCAGAUGGCGUUGAAACUCGCCAAGCCAUACAGAUACAGUCGCCACCCUUUUUCUCUUCCCGAGCUCAGGGCGGUCUCGUUUUGUUUCCGACUUACAAAGAGGAAGAAGAGCACAGAAGCAGCAGCAAUGGCGCCCAAGAAGCGGCAGCUGCCAGGCGUCGACGAGAAACUGCAGAAGCUUCUGGAUGCAAACAUGGAUGAAGCUCCCGCCAGAAGGCGCGCUCGUGAGGCCUUCAAGGAAAUUCAGCUUGGGAUUGACCACAUUCUGUUCAAGACACCAACUGAUGGAUUGAAAAUGGAGGAGUCAUAUGAGGUGAACUCUAGGGGACUGGAGAUCUUCUCCAAGAGUUGGCUUCCAGCGACAUCUCGUCCCAAAGCAAUAGUGUGUUACUGUCAUGGCUACGGAGAUACUUGCACUUUUUUCUUUGAAGGAAUUGCAAGGAAGCUGGCAUCAAAUGGGUACGGAGUUUUUGCAAUGGAUUACCCUGGCUUUGGUCUCUCCGAAGGUCUUCAUUGCCAUAUUCCCAGCUUUGACAGACUUGUAGAUGAUGUCAUUGAGCUUUACUCCAAAGUCAAAGAGCAGCCUGAGUUACGUACACUCCCGACCUUUCUCUUUGGACAGUCCUUGGGUGGAGCUGUAGCACUGAAAGCUCACCUAAAACAACCUAGCGCAUGGAAUGGCGCAAUACUAGUAGCACCAAUGUGCAAGAUUGCAGAUGACAUGGUUCCACCGUGGCUACUAACACAAAUCCUGAUUGGUGUGGCCAAGUUCCUUCCAAAGCAAAAAUUGGUUCCUCAAAAGAAUCUGGCUGAGGCAGCAUUUAGAGACUUGAAGAAAAGAGAAAUGACAGCCUAUAAUGUUAUUGCUUACAAGGAUAAACCACGCCUGGAAACUGCUCUAGAAAUGCUCCGAACUACUGAAGAGAUAGAACACCAAUUGGAAGAAGUCUCUCUUCCAUUAUUAAUCCUGCAUGGAGAGGCUGACAUUGUAACUGAUCCAUCUGUAAGUAAGGUCCUGCACGAAAAGGCAAGCAGUUCCGACAAGAAGCUCAUCCUUUACAUGGAUGCAUAUCAUUCCCUUUUGGAGGGUGAGCCAGAUGAAAUGAUAAUUCGAGUUUUUAGCGACAUCAUUUCAUGGCUUAAUGAGCACAGCGAAAAACUAACAGGCAGCUAACUUCUCCGUGCGCAUUUGAGGGCACCCGCAUUCAUGUUCUUGACGUGUAUUUGAGUGAAAGGGUAGGGAAGGGGAAGAAUAAGAAGCACUGGAUGAGUGUAUUGUGAAUGUACUGAUUUUUUGCUGAAUAACCUUGGAUUAUUGUAUUAUUUAUGGCACACAAUUCAAAUAAAUUGUGUCUAUUUCUCCAUUUUCCUAAGGGAGGCUGGAGCUUUUGUAAUUUUUUCCCUCAUGCUUGGUGAAUAAAAUUUUAACUUCUUGUAGAAGUUAUUAUAGUUA